GUCAGAAUCACGAGAGUCAUUGCAAUAACUUUAUCACUGACACAUCUUUCCUCCUUAAUAAUACAAUACUGCAAUAAAAUAGUUGUAAUUCUGUAACGAAUAAGGUUUCUUGUUUCUACAUUCCUCCCAAUCUUUCUUACUUUUAAUCACUAAAGACCCAAUCAGUACUUCUUUCCAGAGUUGUUUUUGGUGUUGGUCGUCCCACGGGUACACAGUUAUUCAUUUCGAGCCUAAAUAAAUUUUUUAACUGCCUGUGACAAUACAAAAUUGCUAGUUCUACAAUGACUACAACAGUAUUUGAAGAAGCACACUGGGUGAAACUGCGUUACCUGCUCGACGGAUGUGUCAAAUUUGUCCAGGGAAUUAUGUCUGAUAAAAAGAACAAAUGGGAGAUAACUACGAAGCAAAAUAUUUUCAAUAUUCUUCCCAACAAUAAAAAGUGGACGCAACAAGAGUUACAUGUCCUUAAUCAAAGGGACAUUGAUAAAUGGGAUAUUACGCUGUGUUUUCGUGUUAUCCAUCUUCCACCUGCAAUAUGGGAUUCAUGGGGUGUCCCAUUCAUCUUCACGGCAAGCGAACAAGAAGGUAUCAAAUGUAUUAAAGAUAUACGAAAUAUGAUGAACCACCAUGGCCGGGACGAAUACAUAACGGAAUGCGAAUUUGAGUCCAGCUGUACCAAGGCCGCAGAGAAAUUGAAAUUGCUUAGCAUUAUCCCCGAAGAUAUUGAUUCGCUCAUUAGAGAAGCCAGAUUGCAAGUACACAUCAAACAAUUACUUCGCAUACUAUGUGCACCACCCCAGAGUGGCAACUUUGCUGGUCGAGUGACAGAGGCGAAGACAUUAUUGAAAUUUCUUGACAAUCAAUCGCAACGAGCCCUGGUUAUCUGUGGACUGGCAGGAAUGGGAAAAACAGAAUUGAUUAAAAAUUUAAUUUACCAUUCGUGUCAAGAAGAUGGCAUAACAAUACUUUGGCUUCACGGGGAGACUUUCGACUCGUUGAGGGAUUCGUUCCUUAAAAUAGCAGGGCAGCUAUCCAUCUCAUAUUUGGAUAAGGAUGAGCCAAUUAAUAUUUGGUGUAAAGUUUUGAACGUGCCAAUUAUUUGUGGGGCAAGGAAACUUCUCGUCGUCAUAGACAAUGCCGAAGGCCAUGAACUAUUUAACAAUGCAACUAGAAAAAUUUCAGAAUUAAGUAAUGCAAAACUUAUCGUAACCUCAACAAACCGUGAUAUUUGUGGCGGGGAGUCAGAAAUUCUUUCACUUGAUGUAUUCGAAAUAGAGGACGCAAUGAAGUUUGUCAUUACUCAUUUAGCCUGGGAUAGACUGCAAGCUGAAACUUUGUGCAUUCGACUAGGUUGCUACCCUCUGGCUCUACAGCAAGCCAUAGCUUACAUAAAACACCAACGAAAUAUUUCAUUGGAAGGGGAUUCUUAUAAUAUAUCUAAUUUCUUAGCGGUGUUUGAUAUCCAACCACAAGAUUUAUUAGACACAACACUAAACCAGUCACAGUAUGGGAAGUCUGCCCUGAAAACCAUCAGCAUGUCAAUAACUUCCCUACAUGUGAGCUCUGGCGAGAACGCCAUUUUGCUCUUGCAACUGAUCUCCCUCAUGAAGCCGGAUGAAAUAGCGGUAGAUUUUUUGCUCACCAGGAUGAGUAACUUAUUUGAGAUAUCUCUUGAUGAUAUUGAAGAUGGUCUGCGUAUGCUCAAGACGCAUUCCUUGAUCAUCUCAAGUAACCGGGUUUUGACGAUACAUCGGUUAGUGCAGGAUGUUACUCGGUAUCUCAUGAAGAGCGAAUAUGAACAACAUAUUCGACGUAUACUGACUAAUCUCGUGAUCAAGGGCUGGUCCAGAAGUGAAAUUGGUCAUGCGGUGCAAAUAUGGAAACAUGCAGCUAACAUGGACUCCGUGGUUCGUGAUCACUCCGCAUUUCCUGUCAAGCUUGUCGGUCGUCUAUUGAAGCUUUCACUUUUUAACGAAGCUUACGAAUUCGCUCUGCUCAAUGUUGAUAUUUUAAAACAUAGUUUGGGAGAGAACAACCGAGACACAUUGAGGAUGGAAAGGGAACUUGCUACUUCAAUUGGAUGGAUGGACAGAACGGAAGCAGCUACAAUGAUUUUGGAGAAACUACUCGAAAAGAGCACGACAGUAUUUGGGAUCGAAGAUGAAGACACUCUCCGUAUCGCACACCAACUCGCAAUUUAUAUUCCGGAUGAUUUGGAUGCAAUACAGCGCAACAAAUAUAUUCUUGAAAUUAGACAGCGAAAAUAUUCGGAAGAUCUAAAAAGCAUAUACAUUUCCAAGCACAAUUUAGGGCUAAGGAACAUCUUCGCAGGAAAUUUUGAGCAGGCAAUGGAAAUACUGAAGGAAGUAUACGAAUGGCGAUGUUCAAGAUAUGGGUCAAGCUAUUCGGAAACACUCCGAACCAAGCAUGCCGUCGGACUAUGUUUGUACUAUGAAAAUGAUUAUGCUAAUGCAAAAGAAACAUUUGAGGAUGUGCUACAAUCCAGGAAUCAGGUGUUGGGUGAGGAGCACUUCGAUACUAUUCGGACAAGACGCGUCUUGGCAUUUGUUCUGCGGGAAAUGGGAUUAAAUAAUUAUUUACAUUAUUACUCCCAUCCUCGAACAGUCGUCGUGGCAAACUCCAUCCCCCCGCCGAACACGAUCUGUAAAGCGUUCCAAGUUGGAUUUGAUAUUAUCCCGGAGCCGCCGCAAUCAUCCUUAGUAUUGUGGGAGUUGAAGGCAGUCGUGGUAAAUUGUGACAUACUGGUGGGUAUACAUAAAAACAUCUCGGAUGAACCACAUUUCUGUGCUGAGUUGGAAACUAUGGACCAUCCUAACCCACAAGAGGAUGUCAUGCCCGAAAUCCAUCGCCAGUGUUCUGAGGGGAUAACGUUCCCAGGUUUGUUCAGGGACACAGGGAGCCACUGGCCAGUACUUUGUCCACCGAUUGGUAGCCAUGAUGAGAUCGAUUCGGAGUUUGGUGUUCAUAACAGGACGAACAAGUAUACAUGGUCUGGAAUUAUUAAAUUUCGUGAAAUAAUAUCUGGUAAACCGUUCGUUGUUGUGGAGUAUUUUAGUCCAGUUGGGCUUCGUACGAAGGCAACGAUAAAAAUUAAAAAAAUAGAUUUGUUUUCAAAAGUUGUAAUGUUGCUAAAGAAUUGCUUCCGAUUAAUAAGAGAAUAUAUUUUUUUGUUUAUAUAAAAUAAUAGUGCGAGAGAAAGUUACAUAUUUAGAAUAUAUGUAUAUCAUCUAAUUGUGAUUUUUUCGCGCUCUAACGAUUUUGAAGUUGGAUGGCUUAAAAAUUGCGUAAUUUUGUGCACAUGAAGAAUCCGUAAUAAUUUUGGGGGGCCAGUUUUUGCGCUGGAAGCCAAAAUGUGCGAAUUUUUUGAGAAUUUUGAUAAAUUUGGCUUUUGUCACAAAAUCGUCAAAAUUGAAUCAAACAUGGCUGGAAAUAAUUUAGACAAUUAUUUUUGACCAGAAUUUGUCCGCUGCCUCGAUUACGGACCCAAAUUUUCUAAUUGUUAGAAUUUUCAAAAAUAAUUGCAUUUUCGCUAUUAAUUUUUCCACGAUCGAAACAUGGAACUUACAAGGGAAGGUUCCCGACUGCUUGUCGUGUCCAGGGUAUCCACUAUAUUUUUCAGAAUCUACGAGGGAAAGCUGAUAAGUAGUGGCAAUCGAUGCUUCAACGGCAAGAUGAAAAGCUGAAACUGCCGCCAUACAAUCCUUCCACCCUGUGUACAUUGUGUACCAAAAAUUAUCGAAAUCAGAUCAGCGGUUUCUUCCCACUGCUUUGUCAAAGUGAAAACCACGGAGUAAAGAUGGAGUUUUCCUGAAUUGAGGUGCGAUCCCUCGUCCGAUGUUUUUGCGCUGCAAGGCGAAACCGCAACGGAGAUUUUUAAAAAGUUGAAGAGAGUUGAAGGGCAAAGUAUCCGACAGUUGCGAGGUGGAUUUCAGAGUUUAAGCGUGGAAGGUAGACCAUUGAAGACGAACCUCGACCUGGGCGACCAAUUUCCGUUUCUGAUGAGGAAAUGUGUGCUAAAGUAUGGGAAUUUGUUGAGGUAUAUCAACGAGUUGUCAUCCAUCAAAUCGCCAACGAGUUCGGGAUUAGUCGUGAGAGAGUCGGUUUUAUCCUAUGUCAAAAACUGGAAUUUCCCAAGCUAUCAGCGAGAUACGUGAAACGCUUGCUCCAACUCGCUCAAAAGCAAAAACGGGUGCAAUCAUGUCGAGCCUUGCUAGAAUUCUGGUCCGCCGACAACGAAAAUUUCCAUAGCCAAAUAGUGACCGGAUAUAAGGCAUGGAUUCAUCAUUAUGAUUCCGAAUAAAAACAACAGCCAAUUCCGUGGUUGGCGAAGGGACCAAGCGGCCGAAUCAGAUAAAAAGCAUCAAUGUCGGCGGGAAAGGUUUCGGCGUCGAUUUUUUAGAUUCAAAAGGCGUUCUGCUAACCGACUUUCUCCUCAAAGGAAGCACCAUGAAUUCCAAACAUUAUGUUGAAGUUUUGGACAAAUUACGAUACAGCAUCAAAAAUAAGAGACGUGGGGCUCUACAAAAGUGGUAUUUUCUUUUUCACGACAACUUUUCGUCUCAGACGGCCAAGAUUGUAUACUCCGCCUUAGACGGAUUCUGGCUGUGGAAAUCUGACCACCCCCCGUAUUCUACUGACCUUGACCCAUGUGACAUUUAUCUGUUUCCAAAUUUGAAAAAAAUUACCAGAAGAAAAAAAUAUGAGGAUAACAACGAAGUAAUCGCGUUGGCGCAGAAGAUCUUGAAUGAAUUUUGGUAAGAAUUUUCCUGUGAGGCAAUGAAGGAACUCAGGCACAAACUUGAACGCUGUAUUGAACUGGACGAGGAUUAUGUUGAAAAACCACAAAAUGUUUCCGAAUAAAUAUUGAACGUUUUCGAAAUAAAAAUAUGUUGCCACUACUUUUCAGACUCACCUCGUACUAGGACCCUAGACGGAGGACGGAGGAUAUUUCCGUGUUAAUCGCAUAUUUGGCGCCAUGGCGUGGCGCCAAAUUCGCCAAAUUUGUAUGUUUUUAUUUUUGAAAGCGCCAUAACUUUUGAAAUCCCGGGUGGAUUUUCAAAAAAAAUUCCAAAAAUCAUUAAAAAGAGUUCAACUUUCGUAUGCCAUGAAAUUUUUCAAAAAAAUUAUUGUUUCAAUUUUUUUCAAAAUGUUCUUACGCUUGGGGAGUCGCCGAAAAAAUAUCAAAAAAUAAAAAUAUUUCAUUUCUUAUUUAUUUCAUAAAAUUUUGGACUGUGUGGUCAUUUUAAGCCCAAAAUUUUGAAAAUCCCCCGGAAACUGCAAAAGUUGUGGAGGUUUGAAAUUGGUCGAAAAUGUCGAUUUUUAAGUUUGGCGCCACGCCAAAUAUGCGAUUAACACGGAAAUGUGAAUGGAUCCUUCGUCUAGGGUCCUAGUAGAUUCUAAAAAACAUGGUGGGUACCCUGGACACGACAAGCGGUGGGGAACCUUCCCUUGUUAGGCGUAAGGUGUGUAUCUAAUAACUAAUAACGUCAAUCUAAUACACCUUGUUAGAACGUUAACUAUACUAUUUGAUUCGGAAUUUUGUAAACAAAACGAAAUUUUGUUAAUAAUUACAAGCGUCAUUUAUAAUACGAAAGGUUGUUAAUAAUGUGUUCACUUGUUUGCAAUAACAUUGUACAUUUUGUUAGUAUUUAGG